UGUCUGUCAUCCAAACGAGACAGAAGAGACAAGGUUGAAUGUAAAAUUUGCAUUUACUCAAAAAAAUUUUAACAGGAAAACAUAAAGUAUUACACCAGUUUAUAUGGUGUAAUACUUUAGCAGUGUUGUAUCCAUCACAUCCUCUCAUGGGAUGUCACAACAACAGGAAACUGUAUCUUAAGGCACUGGUAAAUUAUGAGAUUCGUGUCAGUUAUGUUCAAUAAUUUACCGCUGAAAGAAGUAUGACUUUCCUGCUUUGGGUUGGACUUUAUCCCAUUAUAUUUGUUUCUUGGACUUCAGGCGCCCUUCUUUCCUCAGAUCCUGUGCUGAUGUUUGCAAAAGAAGGAGACAGAGUUAUUUUGCCGUGUGGUUUAUCUGUUGGAUCCUGCUCUUCUAUGAACUGGACUGAGAAGUUUCUAGCAUGGGAAAAUGAAUUGGUGACGGCUGGAAAAGUGACAGAUUCAAACGAAAAGAAGUACCAUCUGUUGAAAGAUUGCUCCCUGGAGAUCUCUCAUAUGGAACGUAACUAUGCGACAAUGUACUACUGUAAACAUGGAGAACAAAAUUGGGGAGUUUUUCUUCAGAUCAUUGAUAUUAAUGAGUCCCAACCUGCUGCUGAGGACACAAUAGAACUGCACUGCUCCCUCAGUAGAUAUACAGGCUAUGUCCCCUGUAAUGACACAAGGAUUCAUAUCGAUUGGACCACCGCCGGUGAUGUUCCUAUAACUGGUAAAAGAUUUCGAUUUGAAAAUCCAUCUGUUUGCUUCUCCAAACUGAUCAUCACCAAAAAAAUCACCGACCAUCACAGAACAUGGAAAUGCCAAUUAGUCCUGAAUGAGGAGGUGAAAGCAACUGCCAGUUAUGAGACAAGAGUAAAAGAGGGGCUGGAGGAAGUGUUUACUCCUGUUGGUGAGUCAGUGUCACUUCUUUGCAGAAACACUUCCUCUCUCAGACUUGGAGACAGCUUAGUGUGGGCUUUGAAUAAAAAAACACUGGCUAAUAUGUUAGUUGAAAACAAUCAUGUGAGCAAAGACUCAUCAUUAGUAAUCAGUAAGCUAAGUCCACUGCAUGCCGGAGACUACCAGUGUAUGGCUUCUUCAGAAGAGAGAAUUGUGUUUCAUAAAAUCAGGCUGCACACUCUGGAUGUUUUAGCAGAUACUGAUCCUGCAGGAGGAAAUCUCACUUUGACCUGUGUGCUCACAUGCGCUAAAGAAUGUGAAGAAAACUUCAACUUAUCUUGGUCUGGAAGUAACCAAGAGGACUGGCGAGGCAGAUUAUUGAAUGUUAAUAACACCUUGAUUAAUAAGCUUUGUCUCCCAGUUUGGCCGGAUGAAAUAACCUGCUCUGUGUACAGAGAAGGCUCCCUGAUGGCAUCCAAAAGUUGGCACUCUGUUAAAUCCAAACAGAUCCUCACAUGGAUGGGUCUCCUUCUGGGCCUUUUAAUGUGUGCAGUAACAGGAGGACUUUUUAUUUACUUGAAGAGGAACAAGGAUCUGAGUACUGGAUCUGCUGAUGCAAGGUCAAGCAUCUCAAUGACCCAUGUUUAUGAUGUCAUUCAGGACCAGGAAAUACAGCAACAACCAAAAAGAGAAGCGGACACCACUAAUGAUGGUUUCUACAGUUUAUUACAAGCUGUAAACUAGAGGAAGGAAAUGAACAUUGAUCUUUGUCUUUAUUUAAAUUCUGAAUUGUUUUUCUUGUCCAACACAAUGACCAUGAUUUACAAAAUGACUUGUAUUUUCACAUUUUGAAAGAAAUAAAACCUUUUGCAA